AUGGCGCUCCGUCAAUUCAAGGCGCCAGUCCAGUACGAGGCACAGCUCGGUACACUUCCCCGCGAUUCAGCAUUGACAUGGCGACAAGUACUGACUACAACCACUGCAGCCGCCUUCGAGUCAUUCCUCAAGGACUUCAAAGCCACUCCCGAGCAGACCAUCACACAUGCCCUCGGCAACGUAACAAUAAAUGAGGAUGACUUUGACGAAGAUGACGAUGUCAUGGAGGACGACGAGGUUGCGGAGGAGAGGCGCCGCCGCCAGAAAGAGGCGCGCACUCCCCAGCCAAAGUAUCAGAUUAUCCUGCAAGAGCUGGCAGAUCGCAAGAUCAACGAGGUCAUGCUAGACCUGGACGACCUUCACGGGUGGGAGAAGUCAUUGGAAGCCGACACAGGCGAGCGCCUCAAGCUGGUCGAGUCGGUCGAACUGAAUACCAAGCACUAUGUCGAGAUUUUCUCGAGAGCCAUUGACUCGCAGAUGCCGGCGCCAACGAACAAGGAGUCCUUCAAGGAAGACGUUCUCGAUGUUGUCAUGAGGCGGCGAGAAGAACAUAACCAGGCCAUGGAUGUGGCUGUCGCGAAUGGCGAUCUUCCUGCCGCUGCCGAGCGCUUCCCCGCAGAACUGACGCGCCGCUACACCCUGGCUUUCAAGCCCCGGACCCAAACUGUCGAUCACGAAUCUAAGGCCAUGGCCGUCCGUGACGUCCGCGGCGAGCACCUGGGCCACCUCAUCACGGUCCGCGCCAUCGCAACCCGAGUGUCCGACGUCAAGCCUGUCGUCUCCGUCAGCGCCUACUACUGCGAGGGCUGUGGCAGUGAAAUCUUCCAGCCUGUCACCGACAAGCAGCACACUCCCUUGACCAUGUGUCCCUCGGAGACGUGCAAGAAGAACCAGUCGCGCAGCCAACUGCAACCAUCAUCGAGAGCGUCCAAGUUCCUCCCCUUCCAGGAGGUUAAGGUUCAGGAAAUGGCUGAACAGGUUCCCAUUGGCCAAAUCCCUCGAACACUCACUGUUCUCUGCUACGGUUCCUCCGUACGCAAGGUGAACCCUGGCGACGUUGUCGACAUAUCCGGCAUCUUCAUGCCCACUCCCUACACUGGCUUCAAGGCUAUGAAGGCUGGCCUCCUCACCGACACAUACCUCGAGGCUCACUACAUUCUGCAGCACAAGAAGGCCUACUCCGAGAUGAUCAUUGAUCCCGCGCUUGUGCGGAGGAUCGAGCAGUACAGGCAAUCUGGACAGGUGUACGAGCUGCUUGCCAAGUCGAUCGCUCCCGAGAUCUACGGUCACGUUGACGUCAAGAAGGCUCUCCUGCUGCUCCUCAUCGGUGGUGUGACGAAGGAGGUCAAGGACGGCAUGAAGAUUCGUGGUGACAUCAACGUCUGCCUUAUGGGUGACCCUGGUGUGGCCAAGUCCCAGCUGCUCAAGUACAUCUCAAAGGUCGCGCCGCGCGGCGUGUACACUUCUGGUCGUGGUAGCAGUGGCGUCGGUCUCACGGCCGCCGUCAUCCGUGACCCAGUGACUGACGAGAUGGUCCUUGAGGGCGGCGCCCUUGUGCUCGCCGAUAAUGGUAUCUGCUGCAUCGAUGAAUUCGACAAGAUGGACGAUAACGACCGCACGGCUAUCCACGAAGUCAUGGAACAACAGACCAUCUCCAUCUCCAAGGCCGGCAUCUCCACCACUCUCAACGCGCGCACCUCGAUUCUUGCCGCAGCUAACCCUCUUUACGGCCGAUACAACCCCCGCCUCUCACCUGUCGAGAACAUCAAUCUCCCCGCCGCCCUUCUUUCGCGUUUCGAUAUCAUGUUCCUGAUCCUUGACACGCCGAACCGCGAGUCCGACGCCCAGCUUGCCAAGCACGUCGCCUACGUGCACAUGCACUCUCGCCACCCCCCCGUCGCCGGUGAGGACGAUGUAAUUUUCAGCCCUCAUGAAGUCCGCUCCUACAUUGCCCAGGCGCGCACCUACCGCCCAGUCGUCACGGCGGGCGUCAUGGAAUACGUCAGCAAGACGUACGUCCGCAUGCGCGAGGCCCAGCGCCGCGCUGAGAAGAAGGGCGAGCAGUUCACCCACGUCACGCCGCGAACUCUUCUCGGCAUCAUUCGCAUCGCCCAGGCCCUCGCGCGCCUGCGCUUCAGCAACCUCGUGGAGCAGGACGACGUGGACGAGGCGCUGCGUCUGCUCGAGGCCUCCAAGGAGUCGCUCGCCGCCGACCAGGGCACUGGCCGCCAGAGGCUCAACCCCAACAGCAGAAUCUACAACAUGGUCAAGGCGCUGGCCGACAGUGGCGCAUGCAGGCCUGACGACGCGGACGAGGACGACGAGUACGGCGUGCUGAGCUUGAGGAAGGUCAAGGAGAGAGUCAUCGCCAAGGGCUUCACGGAGGACCAGUGGCUCGCCGCGCUGGAGGAGUACAACAGCCUCGAUGUCUGGCAAACUGCUGGCAACAUGACGAGACUCGUGUUCAUCAACGCCUCUGGCAACGAUGCCGAGCGUGAGGGCAGUGAGGAUGCUUAA